AUUUUCUCAUGUACAAGAAUUUAUUUCUUAUCAGUCGUUCUCCUCGUUGUCGUGUAUUUCUUAUUUUUUAAGCAAGUUUGUUUAAUAAAAAUUAUAAACAAAAUAGCAUAGCAUCGGCUAUAAAAAUGCAAACUCAAGAAAAUCUAGCUGCAAAUUUCUGCGGUCUCUUGAGUGACCAGGGCAUCAAAGAAAUAGCCAACGAAUGGAGAAUCCUUGGCCAGGAACAAGAUGGAUCCUUGCUUACAUCGUGGAUUUUUACAAAUGCCAACGACGAGAAAUACACCUGCAUUGGUCAAUAUUUUGCUUCACCCAAAUCCUUUCGGGUUCUUUAUCGAUUUUCCAAGGAAGAGAAUGUUAUUCAAGCUUCAGUGAAUAGCGCUGUCUCGCUAUUGGUUUAUGUGGUCAAGACUGAGCAUAAAACUGGUUCCGCUGAGGAGCCAGUAAGCACAUUCUAUUAUUCUCCAUACAUUGUGGAACUUAAGAGCAACCCAACCAAAGAGCCAGAGCUGAUAACCAAAGAAAGUUCCAUUAAACAAGUGAUGGCACAGUUUUUAUGGAAGAAAGAGGCGAAAUUCGAUAAAGUUUACUUGGACAAGUUUCUCGUCUUGACCCAUGAAGAAUCUGUAAUGCUCUACACUUCGACCAUAAAUGCCGAGAAAGAUCAAUUUGGAGACACUCCAACUUCGAUAGAUUUCACCGAUGAGGGUUCAUGGUCUCUGGAGGAAAAUCUGUCAGCUGAAAUGAUAGCAAAGAACUUUGUAUGGGCUCAGUGGGAUUGUGAGAAUCAGGCUCUCUACUAUAUUCAUAUGAAGGUGAAAGCGAAGAGUAGUUCAAGUUCGAUUCUUAAAGACGACGAAGAUAGGAGUCCACCAACUCCCACUCUAUCAGCAUUUCAAUUCAAUGACAAACUACCCACGGAAACUGUGCUCAACAUUCCUUUGAAUCUUCCAAAGAUUCCUCAUACAACAAACGCUUCGAAUUGCUACGAAGAUGACACAGUUCCCCUUCGAAUUCACGACACUUCUCUGAAUUUGAUCAUUCUCGCCGACGAAUCUGGAAUGCUCUUCGUUUGCCACUACUAUUUGUAUCAGAAUAUAAAACCACCGGCAGAUGACUCCAGCCCGGCUAAUUCAGAUGUUCAUUUUGCUUACUCCGUGACUCUACUUCAUCAUGGCUGUGUGGUGCAUUGUGUUAUGCCAGGAAUACCCUGGGAUAAAGCAAAACUCCUCAAGCCAACAUUUGCCCUCCAGGGUGGCCAUCAUAUGCUUGUUUUUCAACCCGACUUGUUUGUUCAUCUUCUCGAUGUGGGGUUGUCUCAUGAACCAUGUUGUCAUAUUGUUUGUCCGGCGUAUAAUAAAACCCCACUAACGCAUUUGGUUCCGUGUAAGAAUUGGGACAAAUUGGCCUAUGAUUCGGCAACGUUGGAUGUAGUCUCGCUGAGUAUUCCAAAGGCUCAUCUUAUCGAGGCGUUCCGCAAUGAUACCUCCGUUGAUAAUCGCUUGAGCAUGAUUCAUUAUUUCCUGGUGCAUUCCAACGACAUGGAUGUUCUCUCAGAGUUGCUUAGUAUAAUCAUGGAACAGCCUCUCAGUCUUGAUACGGUGGCUCUUCUCAAGGAGGCUCUAGUUGCUGGCAGCUACUCAUCGGCCAAGCGAGGAUUGCCCAGUGAAGCGCUGCUUCUGACACGUCUGCUUCCGUUGACAACAUCGGUGAUUUCGAAGCCAAUGCAUGCCAAAGUUGCCGAUCUAAGUGUUGGUCUCUCGCAUGAGAACCUGUGGAACACAACAAUGAUGCUGCUAUCGCCUCAGCAGCGUCUAACACCGUAUGGAGUUGAUAUUUGGUCGAAACUGUGGGAGAACCUAAACGAGAACAACAAGGACAAGAAUCGCUUUACCGCCGAGCAGGUUAGCGAAAAGUUGAUGUUCUCGCUGGCAUGCUACCAACCAGAAGCGCUUUCGAGAUGCACAACACCAUUGUCACCAGGCGGACCCUUAGCCGGACCAAGUGCUGGAGAUUUCGCAACUGCAGUGCGACGCAUGCAGAAUGAACCAUUGCCAUUUGUGGAGCUGGAGACAUGUACAGCUACAAAGCAGGAACAUGUGAUUUCUGUGAAUCUUCGUGAAUUGAGCGUUCAUUUGGUGAAAAACUCAACCAAUAAAAACACUGGAUUCCGUUGGUUGAAAGAGACUUUCUUUGAACGCUCACAGACACCUGCGCACGUUCAUGCAGUUGCUUCACAAUAUGUUGCAGCUCAGCUGGAACUUUCACGGGCUUUGUGUGCUUUAGUUUGCAGGGCAGCUGGAAUCGACGCUCGGGUAGAAGUUAUAAGAGGUUUCCCAUUGAUAGACCAACUAACCAAUGAUCAACAGUACUCUCUAUUUUUGAUCCUUGAACGAUUCUGUUUAGCAGUUGACUCCAUUGCUUUUCCCUUGCCACAAGGAUUCUCGUCGUUUUUUACAUAUUUAGGUUACAGAGCAUUGUCGUUCGAUAUGUUCUAUCAAUAUGCUUCGAAUCAUGUUUUCGAACUUCAAAUUGAUGUCAUGAAAAGUAUACUUAACGAUAUAAGCGACACACCCGAUGGAAUCGAGCGUAAGUUAUCGCUUCUUUCUUGUCUGCCAAAAUCGAGAGCCCAGCGAUUGCUUAAGAACUGGAAUCAUCCCGAGAGUCUUAUGAUCCGUGGGCGAGAUCAUGCUGCUAAUAUUCUAUCUGGAAAUCUUCAACAGCCACGAGGAAGUAGCAGCAAUAGCAUGAAUGUUCGAAACACUAAACAUAUCACAGGGCUCACUGCAGAUAGACUUUCUCCGUUGGACUCAUUUUUAGAUCUUCUAACUGCAAAGGCUAGCCUCAAUGAAUUGGACUUUAAUUUAUUGAUAGAAACAACUGUUACAUCAAUGGAACAACUUAAAAAGGCAUAAUUAAUAAUUCCAAACCGUUUUUUCUACUACGAAUAUUUCUUAAGUGUUUAAUUUUGUUUUUAAGUCGGUCCUUGUGAUAAUAAUUAGGUUCCUUAGUUUGUAUAACUUUAUUAAGAACAAAAAAUAGGUCUAAUCAAUUUGUUAAAUUUCCGUUGCAUUUAAUUCAAAACAAACAUACAAAAUAUUAAGUACCUACCUAUAGAAUUACCUAUACACCUAAAUAACAUUGAUUUAUUGUGCCAAAAAGAAACUUUUGAAACGUAUUAUAAAUUAUUAUAGAAAUGCAAAUAUUAAAACACAAAGUGUGCCAUUUUAAUAUAAUGGGAAUGUGUAAUAUGAGGCUUUAGCGUUAACCUUUUUUUUCUAAUUGAAUAAUUGACUGAUUUAUUACCUUUUUACAUUCAUUUUGUCUUGUAUUAAUUUUUUGUUUUGUUUUCAAACUACAGGACAUAAAUUGUUUCCUUAUUUUUUGUUUGUUUAAUAUUUUCCAUUGCUUAAUAUGAGCAUUUAUUAUUAUUAUUCGAUUGUUUAUUAGAUAAUGUUACGUAAGUAAUUUUUUUUUUGUUUGUUAAUUAAUGUAUUUAAAAAUAAGAGCAUUUUUUGUAUGUAUAUUUCAUU